AUGGAUAAUGAGGGGAGAAACAAUGUUUCUGCAGAAGUAUCUGAUACGUUGGAAUCAGUUUCUUUUCCCAACCUAUGGGGUAAACCCUCACCUAUGGAGUCAACAAUGUUGCCUAACGCAGAGGAACAGGAGGCAUAUCAACCUUUGAAAGUCUUCUUGAGAGUGAGACCCUUUUCUGUAGCAGAGAUUGAAACCCAUGAAUCUCAGGGUUGUGUAACUAUUGAAGAUUCCCAGACAGUAAUUCUUCAUGCACCCAAAGAGUCUCCUGCAAUGAAAAACAGUGAAAGAGGGAUUGGUCAUUCUGUGCAUAAGUUCACCUUUUCUCGGGUCUUUGGACCAGAAACUACUCAGAGUGAAUUUUUUGAAGGCUCAGUGAAAGAGAUUGUAAGAGCAUAUGUUAAUGGAGUGAAUGGACUGGUGUUUACUUAUGGGGUUACAAAUGCAGGAAAGACAUUCACUAUCCAAGGGACUUCAAAAGAUUUUGGUGUUUUACCUCGUUCACUUGAUGUGAUUUUUAACCACAUAAGGGGAAGACAUUACCUGAAGAUGAACUUCAAACCAUAUUUGAGCAACGAUGUUAAGAAACUAGAAGAUGCACAAGUUAAGCAAGAAGAAGCCAUAAAAACUGCUGUUCUUGCAUCACUGAAAGAGGACACAGAAAACAUCUCAAAUACUACUACAAAUAUAUGCAAUGUGGAGUUGGAUUCUUCCAAGUGUACUUCAAAAAUUCUUCCUUCUGAUUCACUAGCAGAAAAGGACUUUGUUCCUCUUGAUAUAUCUAGGACUAAUAUACACCAAGGAACACAAGCAUCUGUGUGGAUUUCCUUUUGUGAAAUUUAUAAUGAAUAUGUCUAUGACCUAUUAAAUGUAUUAUCUACAUCAAAAACUCAAAAACGCAGAGUCUUAAGAAUUUGUGAGGAUCAAGGAGGAAAUUCUUAUAUUAAAGAUUUAAAGUGGAUUAACAUUCAGAGCACUGAAGAAGCCUGCAAAAUACUAAAAAUAGGAAACAAGAACCGAAGCUUUGCUUGUACUAGAAUGAAUGGCCAAUCAAGUAGGAGUCACAGCAUAUUUUCAAUCAGGCUACUAAAGCUAACUGAUGAGCAUCAUCCACGUCUUCUUGGAGUGUCAGAGUUGUCUUUCUGUGACUUGGCUGGAUCAGAGAGGUGUAAUAAAACACAAGCCUUUGGAGAUAGACUAAAAGAAGCAGGAAAUAUUAAUAAUUCUCUUCACAUCCUUGGAAAAUGCAUUGCAGCACUGAAACAAAAUCAAAAUCAGAAGAUGAAGCCAAGCUAUAUUCCAUUCAGAGAGAGCAAAUUGACUCGUCUGUUUCAGCCGUUCUUUUGUGGAAAAGGCAAAGCUUGUAUGAUUGUAAACAUUAAUCAGCAUGCUUCCACAUAUGAUGAAACAGUACAUGUAAUGAAGUUUUCAGCUAUAGCCAAACAGGUAAUCCAGACAAUCUUACCCAAAAGUUUUGGUUAUUUUUCACCCAAGCUAAUUGGCGGCAAUGGCAAACCUAUUGUGCGCUUUGAUGCUAGCACAUCUGUAGAUGACUUUCCUGACAGUUCUGAAACCUCUGCAGAAGAGGAAGUGGACAUCACCAUUCUGAGUCAUGAGGAUCUCUUGAAAACUACAGAAAACCUAAGGGAGAAGCUAGUUGCAGAAAAGCAAAGUAAACUCCUCCUGGAGGUGAACAUACGUAGAGAGAUGGCAGAAGCAAUGUUCCAGCAGCUGUUGGAAACAGAGGAAGCCUGGAGCAACCGCUUGGAAGAUAUGAAAGACAGUUAUGAAGAAAAACUGGAGAGUAAAUUUGAAAUGUAUAAGGAGGCCAUCAAGAAACAUGCAUAUUUGUGUGCAAUGGAACAAAUCGAAGACCACUAUGUUACCAUAGAAGAAUUUCUAGCUGAGCAAGAGAAAGUUGAGGAAAGAGAGAGUAAAAUACUGCAAUUGGAAAGGCAACUUGAUGAACAGUCAGGGAGGCUGUUGGCUCUGGGAAGUCUGAAUUCAGCUAUACUGACUACUGAAAAUAACAUGGAACUAGAUCUGAUGAACAAGACGAUGAAGAGAGCUAAUGAAGGACUGCAGAAACAAUGCAAAGAGAAAGAAGAGCUGAUAAAAUCUCUGAAGUUUAAAAUACAGAAAUUAAAUGAAACCUUGCUAGAAGCUAAUGAAGGCUACAGAAAAACGGCAGAAGAGAACUGUCAACUGAAGCAUACAAUCAUGCUCAAGGAUCAAGAAAUUAAUAGUCUUCAGAACCGGGCUAAACGUGUUCUUGAGCUUGAAGAAACAGUGUCUUCCCUGCAAAAAGAACUUGAUGAACAGAAAAAACACUUCUCUCUAGAGGAGCCAAAACAACAGAAACCCAGGAGAGGUUUGUUGGCUAACCUGAAAUCCACAGUAGCAGCCACUGCUAGUCCACCCCUUGGUAAAGGCUGGGGGAAGUAUGAAGAUGCCUCACUCUCUUCAAGGAAACAAGUACUGCUGGCUCAUAAAGCAAAAGAAUAAUAUUUGAUUAAUCAAAGUGUGCAAUUACUGGGCUUCUUUAGCAAUCUUAAACUGUUGGUAGCUGUGUCUCACUCUUAGAUGCCUUCUUCACUGUCAUGUUAACUGACAGAAAAAAGUUGAAUAUGGAACUUUUUAAAAUGAAUCAGGGUUGAAUUUAGAGCUAUAGAAGUUUAGGUCUAAACUUGUGCUUUUACUGUUGUUAUAGGGAUGUGAUUUGAGAAAUAUAUAUAUCAUUUUAAUUCUUAAGUAACUGCUAUCAUGGUCUUCUAUACUGAUAAAUGUGUGAAUCAUACAAAGUGGGAUGUUCUUCAUCUGCUGUUUGUUACUUUUUAAAAUUAAGUAUUUAAUUCAAUUCUUGAUUCCUAGAAAUCAGAUGGCUUGUAAGCUUAAUCUUGAGUAGCUAAAAUAGCUUGGUUCUUCAGUUAAUAUCCUGGCUUUGACUUGGAGACUGCUGUCUUGGGACAUGAGGUCUUAUCUGGAUCCUUGCUAUUUUUCAGUUAACUUGGCUUUGUAAAGGAACUUGUUUGGAUUUCCACUAAGAAUAUGCAUUAAGCUUUGAAAAAAUCUAUUUAUAAUAAAAUUUUCCAUUGCUAAACUAAGUUCUGACUGUUCGUUUUAUAAAGGUGAGAAAAUCAGUGAAAUCAAGAUAAGGAAAGAUCAUAAACUUAGAGGCCAAAUGAUCACAGUGGCUGACAUACGAUGAUCUUGAGUUGAAAGAAUCACAGCCCUGAUUAUAUUACUUACCUCUAUAUAGGAACUCAAGGAACAAAUACUGAAAAAAUUUGAAAUAGCUUAGAGCCAUUUCAGUCAGUGAGGGUGAGAGUUUUUUCUAACUACCGUGAAGGUAUCAUGCCUGUAAGUGCUGGAGGAUUGCUUUAGAGCAAGGCAGAAUCCAUAAGUAAUUUGUGUUAAUCUGUCCCUGUAAUGCUGUUUCUCACAGUGGAAGGGGACCCAGUUCAGAGCAAGAACUUCACCCUCCCUGAGGAGACACUAGGUGCUGCAGCCUUCCUGUGUGACACUGAGGACAGCCCUUCUCUGGUGUGACAGUUCUUGCUGGCUCUUUUGAGUUUUGGGUUUGUCUGUGCAAAUGCAGUGAUAAGCAAUCCCUCUGUCUUUAACUGGGCUGCAGAUGUAGCACUUGAGCCAGUGCUGCUCUCAUGCUUUGAGCUGUUCCUGUUAAACUACAGGAGCCAGAUAACCUGUAUUUAAAAGACCUAUAAUCCAUUCAGGGUAGAAUUUCUAAACUAUUGUUCUACUCCCACACAAACUAUUCCAGCUAUUAAAAAAAAAAUCUUGGUGUAGUGAUACAAUACACUGAGUGUUGAUCCCUUGAAUAAGAAAGUUGUUCUCUAACAGCAAUAUUCAAGGAGUUAAAAAGGAAAAUCAUCAGAAAGUCUAAUGCUAGAAACUUUCUACAGUAGCCUUUCUACAGUACCAUUUCAAAAGAUCUAGUGCUACACCUUGACAGUUUGUGACUUGUC